GGAGAUACUUGGUGUGUUCAGCGGGACCUCGAGCACGAUCUCCAUUUGGCUGCUAUACUAGGCAAAACCCUCCUGGAACGCAACCGCGAGUUGGAGCAGGCGCUUCAGCACAUGUACUCCGCCAACAAAGAUCAGCUGCUGGAAAUAGAGGUGGCAUACACACACGCACGCACGCGCCCAGAGCGGGCAAGGAAGUCAGCAGUGGCGUUGCCCUGUUUUGCUCACUGCUGCUGUCGUUGUGUUUAGCAGCAUGCUAUAUAUUUCGGGAAUGCGGCUGCAUAAGAGAGCACUGACAAGGAGCGGGUUUGAAAAUGAGAUUUUCCUUGUAAGCGAGGUGUAAACGAUAAUCGGGUAGUCUGAGUCGGUGAGCGUCGAUUGAAAAUGACAUCACUUGACUCCAACUCCAAACGUCUUCCUUGUCCUGUUGGCCAGUAUCUGGCCAAGCAGGUGGAGCUGCUGCGUCACGUAAACGAGCAGCACGCCAAAGUUUAUGAGCAGCUGGACCUGUCCACCAGGGAGCUGGAGCGAAGCAACGGGAGGCUCGUGCAGGACGAGCGCCUGGCCCAGAACAAGAUAAACAGGUUUGGGCCAUUCCUCGAUUGUCUUCCGUCUCGUUCCAGUCUGACCGAGUCCAUCGAAGGACUACAAAGGCACGUGGAGGCUCUGCGGAACCGGCUGGAGAUGCUCAUGACUGCCCAAUCCAAGCAGAACAAACAAGAGCGGCUACGCAACCUUAGCGCGCAGAGCGUUUCCUGUCUUGGAGAAAUGCUUGACAUGGAGCCCGACAGGCGACAAACAGAUGGACGGCGGUUGCCCCAGGAAUCCGUGGUCAACCCACAUCGACGCCGAGACCCAGAAGAGGAACACUGGAUUCUUCUUGGAUCGGUCCGCACUCUCCAGGGUCAAUUAGCAACGGAGAGGAAGCGUCGGGAGGCGGCGGAACGCGAGAGCGAACUCGCGACCAAUGACAAGCGAGGCCUGGAGCGACGACUCAGCCUCCUGGCAGGUUCCCAGACCAGGCAGGUGGAGCUGAAGGCCCAAGUGGAGGCCCUGAGGCUCAUGUGGCGUGACGACUGCACAUCCAGGAAACCAGACCAACUACUUCUUCCCGACGCAAUGUUCUAUGACUCAUUCGAUAAAUCCGAAACGGAUCAAGAUGGGUCAGAGGAGGCGGUUGAUGAGAUGACUGAAGGCCAGGAUGAGGAGCGCCAGGGACAGAGGCGCAGGAGCGCCGCGAGCCUGUGGGACGAUCACGACAAGAUGUGCGUGAGGAGGGCGGAGGUGGUGAAGCAGAGGGGUGUCCUGCUGCUCAAUGAGGUGGACGCGCACUACAACGCACUGCAGGUGAAGUACAACGAGCUGUUCCAGAGGUGUCAGCAGCCAAACGCGGGGCUCCCCCACAACUCCGUCCAGACGUCCCGAACCCCAUCCGUGAGCAUUCAUCCCCGCCGCCGCCUCUCCGAUUCGCCAACAGAAGCCUCAACGACGUCGGAGGAGCCCAAUUACAAGGUUCUCUUCAAGGAGAUCUUCACCUGCAUCCAGAAGACCAAAGAAGACGUGCACAAGCCCAGACCCGUCAGCGACGCACCCGGCAUGUGAUCUCAUCGGUCCUCACCUUGGACUCUUGGGCACUUUCAAACCAUUCUGGUGCUUCAUAUAUUGUGGACCAGGCGCCAACUGUCUAUUCAAAUCCUCCGAGGCUUUAGUCAGUCAGCACUGAUUAUUUUUGUCAUUCUCAGUUACUUGAAACAGUGAUAGUACUAAAAAAGCUGAUUUAUACGUUUCAAAAGUAUUUGCCGAUGUCUCAGCUGCUAAUCAACACGUAUUACAUCACAGGCAGGCAUGCGUAAACACUUUUAACGCCGUCAUGUGCAAAGAAGUGUUGGAAUGUUCUAAUAGGAUCAAAACGGUUUACGGUAAUGCUAAUAAUUUAUAUAUAUUCUCUGACUGAAAUACAUUGGAACAAUGACACUGCUCUCAGCACUUUUCCAUUAUUUAUUUUUGAAAGAGUUUAUUUAUAUUUUGUUGCAAGGAGUUGACUGAAUGAAUUGCCUGACACUUGUGACUCAAACCAUCACAGAAAAAAAGUUUAUAAAAAAGUAUUCAUCACA